UGAUGAUGAUCCGCGGGGAGGCGCGAGGCUGCCGAGAUUAAUUCAGUUUGCGCGCGCGGCAGCGGGCUUUUCAGCUCGCGCGCUCUCCGUGCUGGAAAGCACCCAAACAGCCUCGCGCGCCGCUCUCUCGCUUAUCGUGCGUCCUACACGCGCGCUGCUCAGGCAGGGACUCGGUUCGGGGGGCUCGUGCACAGAGGACUUCAAAGCGCGCUCGGAAUUAUCAUUGCUGACAUUAGUAUGAGAACAUCUGGAGCAUGGAGACCCCCGACCACCCGCUCCUCGCCGGCGCUCAGAGCACUGCGCGCGCGGGGGAAACUUUGGGCAGGUGAGAAGUGAAGUGAAGCGAAGCACCGGUCCGGUUCUGGAAGCGCGCGAUGAGCGCAGCCCGCAGCUGCACCGGGUAGCCCUGAUCUGACCAUGGUCGCCUGCUUCUCCGGCUCCGGGAACUCCAGCAGCGCGAGCGCCGGUUUACCCGCCUCCACCACGGCCGUGCUCGCGGCGCUGAUGGUCACGCUGGUGGUCGUGGUCGUGGCUGGAAACGCCUUGGUCAUCCUCGCCUUCGUGGUGGACAAGAGCCUCCGGAAUCAGAACAACUACUUCUUCCUCAAUCUGGCCAUUUCUGACUUUCUGGUCGGGGCCUUCUGUAUCCCCGUCUACAUGCCCUACAUCCUGACAGGCCGCUGGAUGCUGGGCCGUGGCCUCUGCAAGCUGUGGCUGGUGAUGGACUAUCUGCUGUGCACCGCUUCAGUCUUCAACAUCGUCCUUAUCAGCUACGACCGCUUCCUGUCUGUCACCAGAGCUGUAAGGUACCGGGCACAGCAAGGGAUGACCCGUCUGGCCGUGGGGAAGAUGUUGGCCGUGUGGCUGCUGGCCUUUCUCCUCUAUGGCCCGGCCAUCAUCUUCUGGGAGCUGGUGGUCGGAGAAAGCAUCGUGCCGGCGGACGAGUGCUACGCAGAGUUCUACUGCACAUGGUACUUCCUUCUGAGUGCCUCCACCUUCGAGUUCUUCUCGCCCUUCAUCUCCGUGGCCUUCUUCAACCUCAGCAUCUACCUCAACAUCCAGCGCAGGAACCGGAGUCGGGCGGCUCGUCGGUGCAUCGAGAGAGAGGAUGGCUGGAGGGUGGCGGACGGAGGCGCCUCGUCUUCCUCUGCCGUUUUCUUCGUCAAGACGCACAAGGUUUCCUCCAGCGAGCCAGCCGCCGUUUCUGCGGUCAUUGAGGAAGACGAGGAGAUCUCGCCUUCCUCCAGUGGGGGAGACCCUAGCAGCAGUCACUCUGUGGCUCUGUCGAUGAAGACCAUGAACAAGAAGAAAGGAGCUUUGGGCUGCUGGUUAAGGACACGCAUGAUUCAAGCUCAAAGCCCUUCCAACUCUUGCACCCCCUGUAGGACUGGAGGGCAUUCUCGCCUUUCGAGAGACAAGAAGAUUGCCAAGUCUCUGGCAGUAAUUGUAUGUGUGUUUGGUGUCUGCUGGGCACCAUACACCUUGUUAAUGAUCAUCCGAGCUGCCUGCAGUGGCACUUGUGUUGAACACCACUGGUACGAGGUAACCUUUUGGCUUCUUUGGCUGAAUUCGGCCAUCAACCCCUUCCUGUACCCACUGUGCCACAGCAGCUUCCGUAGGGCCUUUGCUAAGAUCCUUUGCCCUAAACGACAGUCCGUGGGACCACAUGAAGAGAACCCGUCAUGCCAAUAAUGGAGCUUACCUAGUGGAAGAUAUUUUGCACACAGUGGGAGAUAAGCAUCAAUGUUAAGGGCAACAACAACCUCUAAAAACGAUUGGCGCUCUGCGGGGGAAUUCUUUCUGAGUAAAUCAAUACAAUUAGUUAAAGGCAGCUUAAUUGCGUGAAGCAAAACAAGAUUUUCAUUUCCCUCUCAAGAGAGACAAUGUGGAAACUUGAUUUCAACCAGUCAAGCAAUUAUUUGUCAUUUUUUUGUUGUGAUUUGACAGAAAGAAACCACCACUGUCCAGUGACCCUUUUCAAGUGUAUUCCAGUUGGAAUUUUAGUAGCGAAAAAAGGUAAUGAAUUAUUGUAUGUGCAUGUACAGGCCCAUCGAUCAACUGUUUGGUUAGGCUGGAAAUUGACGACUAGGGAUUCUGCUUCGUGGACACUCAGCUGAAGAAAGCGUUACGCUCUGAGAGUAAAUGACACGUCUCAGUGAAUAGGAGUGCAGGAAAAAAAAACACUGCCGUUUCUUCAGCUCUCCAGCUCCAAGUGCAGCACGGCUCUGGAGAGAGAUUGUAUCAGCUGCUCUCCAGGGUACCCUGAAUGUAGUGUGGUGUUGAUCUUCAACGUGAGACAAGCUGGUGUUAGUUUUCUCAUCAUUAAGAGAAUGUGACUCGUGUUUUCACAGGUUUGAUCCAACAAAUGGAAGGCAUGAACAACAGCUGAACAGCUGAACAUCAACAGUGUUUUCUAGUUUACGAUCUCACUCAUGGUUUAGGACGUACUUCCAAAUCGAUUCACAAUUAGAGCGAAGUCGUAUGGAGUUACAAUCCUAAGAUUAGAAAUUUGAAAUAUCUGUCACAGCAUCUGAGGAAGUCAGUUUGGCUUUUGAUGCUUCACAAUCCAAGCCAAUUUCUAACAGCAUGAUUGUAACUCCACAUAAAUGGAUCCACAAAUGUUGUGUGAUUGUGUUGGUGGCACAUGAAAUGUUUGUGAAAAAAUGUUUGCUCCUAUCUGAAUUCCUUCCUAAUUUGUGCACACUUUAAACACCGACUACCAUCACAUCUUAAGUCAAGAACACAACAAUGUGAUAUACAUUUAUUUAUGUAUUUAUUAUGAACAAAUAUUAAACACUGUCCUCUUAAAUGAAAAAGGUGAUUGCCCCCUUCUUUUAGUAGCUACUUAAAGAGCAAUAAGUGCUGCUAAACAAUGCCUUGAAGUAAUUUGAUCCACUCCUUUCUGAAGUGCUUAACAGCUUUAGUUCAGUCACCUCUGAAGGUUGUUGAGCAUAAAGUGGAUGUUUAAGGCAAGGCAGCAUUUUAAUAGCGGGUUGAAAUCUGGGUUGAGAUUUUCUUAGUGCUUCAGCUUAAUGGCAGAUGACCUGAGAUUGUCUUGGAAAAAAAACUCUGAUACAGAGCAAAGAAUUUAGAAUUCUUUAGUCGUAGAAGGGCACCAGAACCAUCACAUCACCACCACCAUGCUUCACAGUUCGUAUGAGCGUCAUACUGAAAUCAGUGUUUUUGCAAGACAUAACAGUGUCCAUGUCUCCUCUAUAGAUUAAUUCAACCAAAACUCUCCAGAACUUCUACAAGUAUCAUGUAGGCAGCUGUGCAGAACUCCGGAUUGAUUUCCAACUAAUUCUCACCUUCCUAGUACUGGGGACAUUACUGGUGAUAGGAGGAGUUCAUAUAACCAAGGAUUGGGUAAUUGGCCUUCCAAAUUGUGGAGAAAAUGGAUUAACAUUAUAUUCACUAUAACUAUAUUCAAAAACAAAGUUUCGUAGUUUCCAAACUGAAACACACCAAAAAUAGACCUGAUUUAAUUCAUUAGUUAACUUUCAGGCAAGUGGAUUGUUUGAGUAAGACACCUACCAAACUUUGUUGGAGACCAGCCGGGUGUUUCUUCUCAAGAUUCCUAUAGGUGGAGUUUUAUAACAUAAAUUUGGGAGUUUGAUCCACACCCUUACUCCUUCCACUCUCCAACCCAUAUAAACCAUCACUUCCUCUCUACCUGCGUGUCGAACAACCUCUCACCCACCUCCUCCCCAUCUUCCUUCUUAAUUUAUUUUCUCCCCUUCUCUUCCCGUAUCUCUUUGUGUGUGGGGGGGGCUUUAACUUCACGCUUUUCCAGCGAAGCUGCCCCGAACUCCAGUCCAACCAUCUGAGUUCUCCCGCCUUCUCUUUUCCUUCUCUUUCAGUUAAGGGCGUGGGGAAAUACUAGCAAAUUAGAUAUUGGGAAUAUUUAUGUUGUUCUAUUUGAAGUUUUUCACCUCUAAUUAUUCAUUUGUGAUUUACACACAUUCAUUAUGAAUCCAGCCAACACAAAGUCCAACAACUGCUAAAACAGCAUCAUUGUGCACAGUUAAAAGUACCUGCAGCACUGUACAAACUGCCAGUUCUGUUACAUAAGCAAACAAUUCUGUUAUGUCAGGUGCCCACACUGGCUCGCAUCACCCUGAGUGAUGGAGGGAGAUGAAGGGCCAGCCUACCCACAUAGAGAGGCCAGGCCAGUUAUGCUCUCUUGGAUUUUCAGCCACGGAUAGAAUUCAACCCUGCAAUCUCCCAAUAAUAGAGGCCAACUCUUAGAUGACAGUGCCAUUUCGGCUCCCCAGUGUUUUUUUUUCUGAUGGUUUAGUUAUUAAAACUGACCUUAGCUGAUGCAACAGGACCUACAGCUCUUUAAACACUGUACUUGAGUCCUUCAUCACAUCCUGGAUGAUUAUAGGAAUUUAGGCUUUGCUCCUGGAGGUGAUUUUGGGAGGGCUUCUACUCUUGGGAAGACUGACUCCUGUUCCAAACGUCCUCCAUUUGGACAAUACCGCUCUGAUUGUAGAUCAUUGGAGCUUUAGAGCUUCAGAAAUGGCUUUGUAACCUUCUCCAAUCUGUGUUCUCUGUGGCAUUCAUUAUGGGCCUGAAUGGACAACCUGUGUGCUGCCAGGUUCACUCUGAUUUAAAGGCUCAGAGUUAGAGUUAGAUUGGACAGGGCUGCCUCAAAUCAUGGCUGGGUGAUAACUGAAGCCCUCACACUGGUUACUGAUCAGUGAGUCUGCUUAGUUGCACGUAAAAUCAGAUAAAGGAAAAUCCUUGGUUUACCUGAGUCAGGCAAUUUUUUUAAUCAAUUUUUUACUUUGGAACCAGUCAAUAUCACAGAAGCAUAAGACCUCCUGCAUUAUUUUAAACAUACACCCACUUUUUCUGUGGUUGACUAAAAAAAAAACAGAAAGAAAUUAGAUUAAGGGUAUACAGAAUAAGAGCAAAAUAAUAGUCUCUUUUAAUUAGAUUUGGAAAACCAAAUUUGUAAGUUUUGAUCCAAAAUCCCUAAGAAAUCAGUGAAUCUCUUUUAUGUGACCAUAUAAUAAUAAUCUGAAUAAUUAGAAAAGUGUAGAAAUCUGAUAAUCUGAUUUUGAAGACAUUGAUGUAAAUACUCUCACUAAUACCGUUUCAUCAUUAUGUUAUCUGGAGGGAAGAAACAUUUUUCAUUGCAAUAUUAAUACUUUGCACAUUAAAGACAUCAAAGAUAACUGUUAUCCUGUUAUCAGUUAUCCUGCACAAUCAAUCAACAGUAUAAACUGUAUGUUGUACUGCACAUUUUAUAAACAUGCUGUUAUAAAAUAAGAAAGGUUUGGGAGUAGAAACAUUCCUGAGGCUCCUCCUAACAAUCUAGCAUCCUAAAAAUAUAAUAUACCUUGCUCACAUGUCUACGGCAAGUCUUCACACCCCUCCAGCACCUCGUCUCCUCCUUUUCACUAUCACUUUAAUCUCUUCUACCUGGCUCCACUGAUCAGAGAGGGGGGUCCAGCUUCCUAUGACAAGCAAAAACCGAAUGAGCUUCAGCCCAAAAUGCUGGAGAGUUCUCUUUCCUCGCUCUUCAGCCUCUUAAUAAAUAAUCACAAGUGGCAUAUUAAAAAAAAUCACUAUACAAUAUGAUCAAUGUGCACAAAUUCCACAAUUCAGACAGGGGGCAAGACUUUUUCAUAGCAGUGUAAAUUUAAGUAUGAUCAUUAAGUAUGUGCUUUAGUCACAUCAUUUUACAAGUAACUACAGGUUUGUAGAAUUUGGACAGUAAGUCAUUUGGACAAGAAGUCAAGGAUUAUUUUUUAUAUAAAAUUGUGUAUGUACAGUUUGAGAUAUUAUUUAAAGGGGAAUUUCACAGAUUUUAUUUAUUUCUGCGUACUGCAGACAGAAGGUCAUCUCAACCUCCAAUAUUGCACUUUUAUUUACUAUUCAAAACCAUAUCUGCUCAUAUUUUCUGUAAUGUAAUGUGUUUAUAAAGGUAAACUAUGAAUAAACCUUAAAACCUGUUGCACGAUGAUGCUGUACAUGAACUUCAACUAAAACCUCUUAAAAUGUUAAACAUAAAAGAGUGUCUCAGGCAUUAAACAGGGUUCUUACAGUUUUGAACCAAGAAAUUUCCAUGACUUUUCCAUGAUUUAUCCCUUCCUUCAAGGCAAAUUCUUUUAAUGACAAUAUUUGUCAUAUUGUUAAAAAAAUCAGUGCAGACAUGGACAAUAAAACCAGAAAUCACCUAAAACUAUAAAUAAAAUGAACUACAUUAGGCCUAAAAUUAAGUUUAGAAACAAAAAAACAUUCCUUUAAGCAAUGUUGACACACAACCUUCAAUUAUAAAAUGUGUGUCAAAUCGUGUCGGGCUAAAUUACUGAACAAACUCUGAGCUGAUGUAUUUGGUAGCCCAAAAUAGCUUUUCUUCCUUCGAUAGAUAAAAAAAAGAUUGUAGAUUUUUCUUUUUCAAAACUUAGUCAGACCUGGAAAUUGCUAUUUUCAAAUUCCAUGACUUUACCAGGUUUUUCAUGACAGUAGGAACCCUGAUUAAAGCAGCAAGUCAUUAAACAUUUUAUCUCAUAUAUAUAUUAUUUUAAUGCUGUGAGGAAGCUUUCAAAGGCUAUACAUAUCUUGGAAAAUCUCUGGUCAAAUUUACUACCAACACUGUGGAUACUCUUACUCUGUACUGUACUGUAUGUUCUGUAGAAGAUGAAUUUGUUUACAUGAUAACACUUUAAUUAUUCAGAAAUGUAAAAAGAUCAGUGGAAUUCUCCUUUAAACUUUGUUAGAAGACUUUGGUUCACGAUUGCCUUGUGGUUUAUUAAUGACUUGUGACCAUUUAAAUUGCCUUUUACCUAUUUGUGACCCAUUUUAAAUGCCAACCAGUCAAUUAAAGGCCUGUUGUAACUCC